AUGUGUGGUGCUCAACUCAUACAGAUAUCAGAUGAAACAAGUUCGCAUCAGAUGCCAGUUACACUUCUAAAGCGCGAAAUGCGCAUAUCACACAAAACUUUGUUUCUUUUAGGUGCCACCGAAUCUUCAGACAGUAUUAAAUCUACCACUUUCUCAGUUGUAGCUGUGCAUACUCCAUUGGAAUAUAUCUUGACAUCAAAAUCUACACAAAGGGAAAAACGUAACGAAACGAAACUGAAAGUGGAUGGUCUUGUAUAG